AUGGACACCAUUUCUACGCUGUGGCAGCUGGACACCAUCGGCCGAGCCAUGGACUAUGUCACCAAUUCUAGGGACGAGCAUCUUCGUCUCCAGAAUUUCAUCGACAAUAAGUUCCUUGGCGAUUCGCACACAUCGGAAUGGAUCGAUUCGCUUCACCCUCGCUCAGGCAAUGUCUUGUUGCAAGUCCCUCUUAGUCCUGAAAACGUUGUUGAAUACGCCGUCGAUGUGGCAGCUCGGGUUUUCACAGCCUGGUCCAACACAUUGCCUUCCCAGCGAUCCAAUCUUCUGCUGCGAAUUGCGGACAUUUUGGAAGAGAAGAAGGAGACAUUUUCUGUAUGGGAAAGCAUUGAUCAAGGCAAACAGCUCAAUCGGGCUCGCUGUGAAGUUGACCGUGCUAUUGAGCUUUUCCGAUACUUUGCGAGAUACAUAGUACACGAUGAGAAUACUGCGGUGCAUCUCAACAGGGCUCCAAAACAGUCGACCCUGACAUACGAACAACGAUUGCCAGUCGGAGUUUACGCUAUUAUCACUUCAUCAAACAUGCCGUUUUACCUUUUGGCUUCGAAGAUUGCCCCCUGCCUUGCCUUUGGGUGCACAGGUGUGGCCAAGCCAAGUGAACACACUAGCAUUACUGCCUUUUUACUUGCCGAAGUGCUCUUCCAAGCCGAGCUACCACCUGGUGUGAUGAACAUCGUUUUCGGAAAUGGACCUGACACCGGCUCAACUCUGGUAGGAUCGCCCCUCAUACAGGGAAUUUCGUUUACUGGGGAGGCCGAAACAGGAAUUCAGAUUCGAAAGGACACUGUGGUCGACAUUCACAAAUGCUUGUCUCUCGAGCUCCGGGGUAGUAGUCCAACCCUAGUCUUUGGAGAUGUUGACCUCGAUGAGGCAGUUGCUACAGCAGCUUAUGCAGCGUUCGAAAACAGCGGACAGCUCUGUCUGGGCGGUUCUCGGAUCUACGUCUACCGAUCGAUUUACAAGGCUUUUGUCACCAAGCUAAUCCGAUUUGUCCUUGAGCAUUACCAGGUGGCCAGGGACCUUGGUCCGGUUGUUUCUCGAGAGCAUUAUGACAAGAUUCGAUCCCACCUUGUUCAGGCCAAUGAAGAACAUGUCAGGUUUGAGAUUGGUGAGAUCCCCAAGGAAGCUCCGAAUGAUGGUUUCUGGGUCAGUCCGACAGUCUUGAGUUACAUACACCCUGGUAGUUCCUUGGUUCAAAAGGAGAUCUUUGGGCCUGUGGCCGCUGUGCAUUCAUUUGAUACAGAAGCGGAAGUGAUCAACCUGUGCAAUGCCAAUCCCAACGGAAUGGGAGCUGUGAUCUUGACCGAUGACCUGUCUCGCAUGCGCCGAGUUGGAGAACAUCUUGAAGCAGGGCUUACAUGGGGAAGUUGCUGGCUGGGUCGUGAGCUCGGUGCGGGAUUGAGCGACCCGAAGGCGGCUGGCACGGGGCGCGGAGGCGCACGUAGCCGGGAUGUCUUUACACGACUAAAAUCGGUACAUGUCCCAUCUUACUAA